UUUUCACGAUAUAAUAUUAUUUCGCAAUUCUCAGGAACGAUAGGGCAGGGCGAUUAAGGUCCGCCAUUAAAGUCAGAAAAGUUUUGACCUUGCGUUUUGUUCGCUGUAAUCCAGUAUAAAAAAUCUCGUAGAUCGAUCUCUUAGAAAGGUAACACGAGCCACCGAUCGUUGAGGAAGAAAAGAGCACUUUCGGAAAAUGAUUUUUGCGUCUGGUUCUCACGAUAGGCCGGAAUGGCUCAGGUCGUCAGAUCGUACGAUCUAAAGAGACGUUAUCCUACGUCACACAGUUAUUCGCUACGAAAAAGGAUGACCAUAAGUGGACCGAUGCGGGCGCUCUCGGAGAAGGCAGAUAUACUCAUCUGUGCUCGCAGCGGUAACUCGCCGUAAGAUCGUCGUUUGCUUCUAACUAGAUAGACACGCAAUAUCGAUUUGCGUUCCACCGAUCAAAAUCAUCGACAAGAAUCAGGUAGAUACGAUGAUGACAUCGCUAGUCUUCUUGGUUCCCAUAUUGAUUGGUGUAACGGCGGGUUCACUUCAACAAUUACCUGGAAAUCAAUUGUCUAAGCAAAACGAAGGAGCAGUUCUUUCUUCGGCAACAUUGACGGCCAAUAAUGACGAUAACGACGAUGAUAACGACGGAAAUAAAGCAAAGAAAUAUUUCAGAAAGGGUAUAAUGAAGGACAGUGAUAGCUCAAUUUCGUCAUUUUUAAAUCAAUAUCAUAGAAACGAAGAAAAAACAGAAGAAAAUAAGGAAGAGAUUGCGGAUAAGCUUUCGAAAAAAGAUAGAAAGCAGAAGGCUAUCUUUUUGAAUUAUCCAUUAAUAUCACGAAUACAACAGACCUAUUCGAACUCGCCUGGUUACGAUAUCGGUUAUAACGAUAUUUACGAUCCUAAUGUCGAAGGAAGGACACCCAAUAAUAUAGGUGGAAACUAUCAAGAGAGCAAUAUCUUUUACAUCAGAUUACCACCGACUCCCUACAUGUUCGUACCAGGUUUAGGAUAUAUCUCUCAACCACCAACCUACUCUACUGCUAACCUAAGACCGCAUAUCUCUCAGUCGAGACCACCCAAACCUCAACUUCCAACUUAUCAGAGACCGAAUCCUUUUAUCAAGUUGCCGAUAGACUUCGUGAGUAACGGUAAACCAACUUCCGUCUACCAAUGGCAAAAGAAGAAACCUGUGACCAAUGUCAAACUAUCAACCGACAGUCCGAUCACCAAUCUCGACGAUCUCAAACCCGGUUUUGUGAAUAACGGCAAGCCAACGACGAUCUAUCAAUGGCACACGAAUUUAAAACCUGGCAAAAGGCCCAACGACUACGUGAAUAGUCUCGAUAAGGGACCUUACCUAUUCAAUGGAAAACCAACCAGUUUGUAUCUUCUUAAGUCAGAUGGUACCAGUACCGAUCAUCGGCCUAUUCGAUACUCCGAUUUCGAGAACGAUAAUUCGUAUUAAAUAAAAUAAUGCAAAUACGAUUUUCAAUCGCCAAACCUACCGGAGAAAUGAAAAAAAUGGAUGUUCGCUAAUAUUAUUAAUAUUAUUAAUAUUAUUACUAUUAUUAUGAUCAUUAU